CAGCUAACAAUCUCAUUUCUCAACAUGGAUUUCUAUUAUUUGCCCGGUGGAAGUGGUUGCCGUACUGUCAUCAUGACGGCCAAGGCUCUGGGAGUGGAGUUGAACAAGAAGCUCUUGAACACCAUGGCGGGAGAGCAACUGACUCCCGAAUUCAUUAAGAUCAACCCCCAGCACACCAUUCCCACUCUGGUGGACAACGGAUUCGCCAUUUGGGAGUCGCGUGCCAUCGCCACCUACCUGGUGGAGAAGUACGGAAAGGACGACUCCCUCUACCCCAAGGACCCCCAACAACGUGCUGUAGUGAACCAGCGUCUCUAUUUCGAUUUGAGCAGCCUAUAUGACGCCUUUGCCAAGUACUACUACCCAAUUUUCCGCACUGGAAAGCCCGGCGACGCUGAGGCAUGGAAGAAGGUAGAAACCUCCUUUGAAUUCCUCAACACCUUCCUGGAGGGACAGACUUACGUGGCUGGCAGCCAGCUAACCGUGGCUGACAUUGCCAUCCUGUCGACUGUCUCCACAUUCGAUAUAGCUGAAUUCGAUUUGAAGAAGUACCCGAAUGUGGCCAAGUGGUACGCAAAUGCCCAGAAGGUGACUCCCGGCUGGGAGGAGAACUGGGAAGGUCUCCAGCAGCUGAAGAAGAUGCGUACAAUCGCGAUUCCUAAUAUGGAUCUCUACUACAUGCCUAGCCCCGGGGCCAGUCGCGCUGUUAUCAUGACAGCCAAAGCUGUCGGCGUGGAAUUCAACAAGAAAGUCGUCGUGAAUGCCUUUGAGGGGGACCACUUGAAGCCGGACUUCGUGAAAAUCAAUCCACAGCACACCGUUCCCACCCUCGUAGACAACGGAUUCGUCCUUUGGGAAUCGCGUGCCAUUCUCAUUUAUCUGGCUGAGAAGUACGGCAAGGAUGACUCCCUCUACCCCAAGGAUCCUCAAAAGCGUGCUGUAGUGAACCAGCGUCUGUUCUUCGAUUUGGCCACCCUUUAUGACGCCAUUUCCAGCUACUACUACCCGGCCUUUAAAACUGGAAAGUUUGGGCCCCCUGAGGCGUGGAAGAAGAUCGAAAAUGGAUUUGAGUUGCUCAACACCUUCCUGGAGGAUCAGGAAUACGUGGCUGGCAGCAACCUAACCAUUGCGGACAUUUCCAUUCUGGCUACCAUCUCCACGAUCGAAGUGGUGGACUUCGACUUGAAGAAGUAUCCGAAUGUGGCCAGGUGGUACGCAAACGCAAAGAAGGUGACCCCCGGCUGGGAUGAGACCUCGCCAGGCCUCCAAAUUAUGAAAGAAUUACUUCAGCCAAAGAAGGCCUAAGAAAAACUCUAAUUGUUAGUUAGAAUUGUGUUUGUAUUUAAUAAAUACAUUAACUACUGUUUGUAGUUAUCUAAUAACCGUA